ACCAUGCUCAGUUCAAACGCUCGACGCGCGCGCUUCAGGUGCGAGCGAUACCGACUGUACGGCGAGAAAGACAGUCGAUAUGCGCGGCGUCAGUGACGGCAAUCGGGCUCGCAGCAAGUGGGCAUCUCGUGCAUCGUUAGAUCCGUUCAAUUCUGCACAAUCUGACGCCUCAGGCGCUCAAAACUGUCACGAAACGGCCGCAUUAUCUUCGGAUCAAGACAGCGACGGAAAGGAGAACCGCGUCCCUCUCAUUGGUCACAAUUGGGGCCAUCCGAACGUCACAAUGCAGCGCGGUAGCCGAAAAUCACUACUGGAGGCCGAGUUAUUGCCUGCUACGCCCGAAUCCGAGCGCUCCGCGGCCUCGUCGCUGCUUGGAAAGCGUUCAGCCACACACAAGUCGCUCAAUGCGUCUACAGAGACCUAUGAGGAUGAUUCUGAUGAAGAGAGGGCGGAACGAAACCCAUUGGUGAUGACAAAUGCCGUGACGCACUUCGAAGCGCGAGCACUGGCGCUCCAUGCAGAGUCAUUAGGCUUGGAAGAGGAGACUAUCGGAACAGGCUCCGCUACGAUGCUAGUAGACGACUUCAACCACAUUGGGCAGCUGCGUUUUGGCUCUGUGCCAUUGGGGGAACGCAGAAGUAGGCAAUUAACACUUGAAAAUGCCAACGAACUGGGCAAUGCCAGAGUAAAAUACGAAGGAUACGCCAUGAACCACAAUGGAGAGGCGUCUGCACAGAGGAAAACAAGAUUCAAGUGUGAUCUGCACGUCUGUGUUGUGGACGCGCUCAAGUCGGUGACGCUGAGAGUCACGUUUGAGCCGCUGUCGGUUGACGUUGGCAAGGAAGUGACAGCAGUGCUCAAGUUCACUGUGAAUGACAGGUUUAAGCUGCAGUGUCGAGCGACAGGCUUUGUGACGCCGCGUGCGCCCAGACUGUCCAAGUUUGGCAGGCCAAAAGCAGCAGUUGAUACUGUCGCAGUGGCACCUAGAGCGAAGCAGCAUCGAUCACCGGAAGCGAGGACCAGACAGAUGUCGAGAAGUACAGCGCUCACAAUGCAGGCAAUUGACCGUGAACCGGAACAGGAGCCUGUGGUGAGAUCUAGACCCAAAGUGGGAGACAAACGCCGUUCAUCAGUGGCGAUCGAGUUUUCUCCACCUCGAAAUGGACCAAAGAGACGGAAAAGUGAACCUCCUAGGGCUUUAACGUUUAAGAAAAGUAUCGGUGCGCUGAAGGAGGCUCCCUUAAAGAAGCCGUUUGUCGGUUCGUGGUGGAAACAACGUCAAGAGGUGUAUGAUGACAACUGGAUGGCAAAGCAGACCCAGGGGUUUACGAAAUGGAUAAAUUACGUGUUAUUGGACGGAACUGCUCAGCGUCUGGGCGGCGUUGAUGACGGUGAGGACCCGACUGUUGGAACGAAGCGCAGAUUUGAUUUCUCGUCGCUGCGUGUGCUUGCUCAGAAGCGCAUGGAGUCCAAGUGGGCGCACGCAGCAGUGGAGUUGUACCAUUCCCCAGAUAUGGACGACAUUCUAUUCAAUUUGCAGGAUGAAAUCGGCAACAAGGGGCUUUUAUUUCGCGCAGACCGUCCGGUAUAUGCUGACGUCGGCUUGCAAGAGGAUCUAAUCAGCCUGUUGAAUAACUACCAUCCGGUCUGGCUCUGCUUAGGCCUCUACGCUGUGCUCGGAAGUCAAGUCAUGCGACAGGAGAAGUGUUCGCUACGAGCCAUUUUCAGAGCGACUGCCAGAGCACAACUCAGUACAGGGAAGAAAGACGGAUCAACUGACCGAAAGAUGCCUCAAGUUCUACGUCGGAUCAUCUUGAAGCACUUGGUUAAAGACGCACAUGUGGCCCAGAAUUAUCGCUUGGUGAAGAAUCUCAGGACACCAAUGGAUGGCUCCACUGCAGACCGCAACGAUGGUGGCAAUGCCUUCAUGAAUACCAAGAAAAACAUCAAUGGUCGAGAGUAUUUUGAUUCGUUAACGCAGUCCUUCAUGCUCAAAUUCUUCAUGCUGGUGAUUUUUCUGGACCGCGCGAUCGAGCGGAAAGCGGACAAGUUCGCACAUUUUCCGUGUCUAUUCCGAAUUGCUCUUUCCACCGAGAAGACCGUGUCCAGUAAAACCCAAAGUGUAAACAAGAGUAGUCAACGUAGUGAUGAUGCACUGUGGGCGAAGAACUCGCAGGUGUUCGUGACGGAGUUCUGCCGACUCUUUUUGGCAAGUGAAGGUCGUAUCGAUAAGCACUUGAAGCAACUAGGAUACACUCUCAGGCACGAGCAGACAGCGUUGGAUGAGAUCGAUCUGGAGGUCAAAAACUUGGAGACAGACUUGCGCGAUGGAGUCCGUCUUGCCAAGCUCAUGGAAGCGCUUACAACGCUGCCAGUACCAGCGUCAACAGACCAGAACGGAGAGAUUAUUCCCCAACCUAAAGCUUUGUCAACGUUCCUGCGUGUACCCGCUCAGUCACGAUUGCAGAAAGUGCACAACGUCGAGAUCUGUCUGCAUUUCCUGCAAGAUAAAUGUGGCGCGAGCGUGCUGGAUAACCUCAAGAGCAACAGCAGAGGAGAUACCAAGAGAAAUGGGCGUGUCCGUGUGUCUUCUUCUGGGUUUGCUGGUUUACGGAGCAAAGUGGACGAGAAGAUGGUGGAGAAUCUAGCCAAGGAUAUCGUGAAUGGCCAUCGAGAGAAAACGUUGGCGUUGCUGUGGAAACUCAUCAGUUGUUUCCAGUUGCAGUCGCUUGUGGAUGCCCAGACCAUGAGACGGGAGAUCGAGAAUGUGGUCAAGCGGAUGAGCUUCCGAGCCAAGGAUUUCUUCGAUAACCAACAGCAGAGCGAGCCUCUCAUUCACACAGACGAACACGAAUGCUACUCGCUCUUGCUAGAGUGGUGUCGUGCUGUCUGUGCCAACUACAACGUCGCAGUAAAUGACUUCUCGGCGUCAUUUGCCGAUGGAAAAGCACUUUGCUACCUGCUCCACUACUAUCAUCCCAUGUUACUGUCGAAAUCCGACAUGCUGCCGACGACUAGCGGCGUAAAUGAUGGAAAUGCUCAACAACUGAGUGAGAAAACGCUUCUGAACAACGAGCAGCGCCAUUUUGCUAUCAUUAACGACCGCAUCAAGCAGCUUGGAGAGGUGCCAGUGCUCAUGCCUCAGCAGUACAACACUAAGAACCCUCCAGAGGACAAGAUGGUGGUCACAUUCGUGUGUUAUUUGCAAUCCCGUCUCAUGGAUUCAUACAGCGAGAUCCACGCUGCGUCGAGGUUGAAACGCUGGUGGAAGAGUCCGCUUAUUCGACUGAAAUUGCAUCGCAAGAAGAACCGCAGUGCUCGCGUUGUCCAGCGGUUCUGGUAUACGUCCAGUCACAAGCGCUUGGCUAUCCGCCAAUGCCGCAAACUCUUACGAGCGGCUCAUCUCGUUAAAAGCAUAGUGCGAACAUGGACAGCUAGAAGGCAUUUCAUGCGGCUUCGAAAAGCUGUGGUUGCGAUUCAGCGGACCUUCCGAGCUCGUCGACAAUUGCGUAUCAAUGGAGACUCGCUUGGCGCCGUGCUUGUUAUUCAGUAUCACUGGAGGAAGCAGCUACGUUGGAGACGUGAGAAGGAGCGGCAGAAGCAGAGAGCAAUGCAACGUAAGGCUGCACAGCGAAUGCGUGUGAGGGCAAGUUGCGCUGUCAUCGAGAGGAGCUGGCUGCAGUAUUUGUCUAGACUAGCAGCUCGUCUCCUCCGACAGCAAAUGAUCGCUGAUCGGCACGUGGCGGCGACUCGAAUUCAAGUUACUUGGCGGCAAGGGCGUUUAAUUUCUGCAGCACGAGAUGAACGUAAGGGGAUAUGGCGACGAAAUCAUCGUUCAGCAGAGAUUAUUCAGCGUGCUUGGAGUGCAUUCCAACGUCGUCGUGAAGAGACCCAGAGGGUUCUUGCUUUGCAGCGUUUUGAGCAGAUGAUGAAGGAGAAGGAGCUGCAACAAAGACAACUCGCGUUGAAGAAUAAAGUGGAAACACGUGCGGCUAAGAGUGUCCAGAAAUGCUUUCGUGACUUCACGGUACGUAAGCGACAAGUGGCAGCGACCAAGGUGGCCAGUGUAUUCCGAGGCAAGAAGCAGAAGCUGAGAUUUCUGAAAGAGAAGUGUGCUGCUGCGGUGUUGCAGCGAAAUGUGCGACUGUGGCGUAGGAGGCGACAAUUGGCGGCGUUGACGCAGUUCUACAAUAUGUUGAGGACUUAUCAUCGCAUGCAGGCUACUGAAGCGCAACGGCGUGUGAUGAGAUUGCAAGAGCUCAAGCACAAGGUGGAGACGCGAGCUGCGUGUCGUAUCCAGACUCUAUUCCGGCGCUAUCGAUCCCGAAAGCGGACGUGUGCUGCUGUGAGGAUCCAGAGUUUAAUACGAGCAUGGGAGUUGAGGAAAUGGUACUCUACUCUACGUCAGAGUGCAUGUGUACUGCAGAGGAACGUGAGAAUAUGGCGCCGUCAGGCUCAACUCCGUGCGUUGCGAUCGUUCCAAAAGAUGCUUAAGCUCUAUCGACGCAUGCAGCGAGAGGAAAAGGAUCAUCAAGAGCGUGUUCGCCUGGAUCGUCUUCGUCGUCUACAAGAGAGCGUACAACACCGCGCUGCUCACCGAAUCCAGUCGGUCUACCGCUUCUACGCUUAUCACAAGCGGAUGGUGGCAGCUACGCUCAUUCAAGCAGCAUACCGUGGAUUUGUUACGCGACAGCAGUACGCCAAGACCUACGCUAGUGUGGUGGUGGUACAGCGUGCAGUUCGUUCGUGGCUAACAAUGACCAAAUUUCGAAGAGCGUUGCGUCUUCACCAUGCAGCUGUGUCUAUCCAGAGACUCGCGCGUGGCUGGAGUUCUCGUCGUCAUCGAUUCAACUUCCACGCUCUCCAGAGGCAACUUCAGCGUCUGCGUGUGUUGACAUCGUGCUGGCAGAUCGAGUUCUGGUAUGCUAAUCGCACGACGGAGUACCGCAAGAAGCGCACACUAAUGGUACGCGCUCACUGGACACGACUUAGCGCUGGACUCAUGCAGAAACGCAUCGCUGAUACCAACAGAAUCGCUACUUGUUGGCGCACAUUCUGCUUGAAGAGUGUUAUCAACGCGCGUGUUCAACACAAACGACAGAUGAAUGCUGCAGCUCAACGUAUGCAGGUGUGGUGGCUGGGUUUGUGUUGUAAAUGGGCGGAACGACAGCGACGGGCUGAAGAGAAGCGACAACGAGAGAUAGAAAAGAUGGCAUUGGCGAUGGCUAGAGCACGUGCAGCACGUAUUGUUGGCGCAUGGCUGCGUGAGAAGGUAAUUAUACCUUUCCGUGAACGUAACUUCCACUUUGUGGCAGUGCGCAGACUGCAAUCAUGGUGGCGCGGGACGUUGGUUCGCUUACAUCACAGCAGUCCGGAGAUUACUCAGCAGAGGAAGAAGUUAUCGACCAUGAAACUGGUUGGCAGUGUUACAUCAGCCACGAGUCUGCAGCAGUUGAGAGUCAAGACGCAUGAAGAGAGGAGAGUUCAGACAGAGCAGCCGCAGACGUUAGGUGCACGGCUGGACAUGGCUCUACACAUGCUCUUACAUGGCAAGCGACUACAGGACAUGUUGUUCGCCAGCCACACUAUCGAGGUGUGCACGCGAUACUCACGUGAAUGCUGCCGCAAGUGCGUGCAACUCCAGAUCUCGUCUACCAUCUUCGCAGCGAUCCGUGGUCUGAACCGAAGCCGUCCGCAUGUGGAGCUACUGCAUCAACUACUGCUCGUAUUGAAAAAUUUGACGGUGUAUCGACGGUCAGCAGACAAGAGCAGAGCGAAGCGAGUGGUUGCGAUUGAGGACAAGGACCGACUAGACGUGGAUCUGCGCGCCUUGGACACGUUGGUGGACCUACUGCACAUCCAUCGUGACAUGCACCACGUCUUCGUGCUGUCUGCCGAUGUUAUCACGUACUAUUUGGAGCUAUUGAAGCCCUUGGCAGACAGAAACGAGGGCGUCAAGGAGAGCUGGAAUGAAGCGGAGAAACGACUGAGCUGUCUGAAGGAACUUUUGUCUAGGAAGCUGGCACUGUACAACGCAACAGCUUCAUUUAGACGAGUGGAUCAGAUGCCGGAGAAACCCCACGCGACCAACCUGAUGAGGAAGAUGAACCCCAAGACCGCUGUUUCCAUCAUGGAGAAACUCACAUUGUUGCUGGAGCGGUGAAAGGAUGAUGAAUGACAAAUAUCAUGCAUUAUUUAAAAAAAAAAACCAGUUUCGACUACUAAAGUAUACUAAAAUCCAGCAGAAGACAAGGAUGGCAACUUCCGAGCUCAUGCGACCUAAAUCAGCAGUUAUCGUACAAGAAUUGCCUUCCGCAAGUGAGGCGUUUGAUCUCCCUUGUCCUAACAUAAAAAGUCGCGCAUUACUUAUUAAAGUUUAAUCAUGGUAAUUCUAAUCCAGCUUUUAAGUAGCAACGUGACAAAUAAAACACAUGACUGGAGUUCAGCAA